AUGCAUUCACGUGCUAAACAUAUACUUAAUUCUCUUAGCACAAAAUGGUUUUUAAAUGUUCAAUGGAAUAUGAAAGUUAUUAAUAUAAAUUUUGAUUCAAUUAUUGGUACACAUUUUUCAGAAUUAAUUCGUACAAUAAUAUCAACACAUUUAAUUGAACCAAUUGAUCAUUUAAAUAAUGAAAAUAAUUCUUCACCAAAUUCAAACUUAUUAAACACACAAGCUGAAUAUGAACAUUUAACAUUAGGACAAAAGAUUAAAACAUUAAAGCAAUCUCAAACAUCAUAUGAAAUAUUAAAAGCAGAAUUAGCAAAAUAUGAAUGGUUAGAAAAGAAAUUAUUACAUACAUCUGGUCAUAAUCGUGAUCGAAAUCGUAUUGAUUCACCAAGUCAUAAACGAACACAAUCACAUGAUCCUAGUAAACCUUUACAUCAUACUCAGUUUCCAUCACAAGAUCCAUCAAUGUUCGAUGAUCCUCAAUUAAUAGCAACUAAUACACGAAAUGAUAUUACAUGUGCACCAGCUAUAGAUUUAGAAUUAAAUGUUCAAAUUCAAAUUGCUAGUGGUUCAUUAAAUCCAACUAAACAACAGCAAUCUCAAGUAAAUAUUGGUUCAAGUGUAUUUAUAAAUAAAGUUAAAUAUCAAGUAUCACAGAUUUUUCUUACCGGAUGUUGA